UCCGCCGGCGCUAGGUCCCCGCGCCAGCUCCUGCCUUCCGCCCGAGGGGCCAUGUCACUCGGCUGGGUGGGGGGUGGUCCUGCUGUGCCAGGCGCGCCCCGCUGCACAGGAGAGGACGCCGGUUCGGAUUCUCCGGGAACGCCAGCAGGAGCAGCGCCAGAGCUGGACAGUUAACCAGACGGAAGGGACGAUGUAGACCACCGCCCCAGCCCCCCAGCCACGGACCUGCUGAGAACUGCGCUUCCUGGGCCGCCUCCUUAGUUCUUGGAUUUGGUGGCUCCUUUGGGAUUCCGACCCAGAUAGGAACCCCAGGAUGGACUUCCUGUUUCUCUUCCUGUCCUAUCUGGCUCUAAUGCUGGUGGUGGUUGUCACCAUCUGCUGCUGCUCGAGAACCCCUUACCCCACAAGGGGGGCACAGAUGCUGUCUCACAUAGCUCCAGAGUGCCUUCAGAGAGCCGUGCCAGGACUGCUUCGUUACAUCUUCCACACUCGAAACCGUGCCUUCGUGGUCCUGCAUCUCAUCUUACAAGGGGCGACUUACACCGAGUACAGCUGGGAGAUAUUUGGCUGCUGCCGAGAGUUGGGCUUCUCCCUGGGCUGCCUUCUCCUGCCGUACCUGCUGCUGGCUGUCAGCAUGGCAUUUUUCACUUUGACCUGUGUGACCGACCCUGGCACCAUCACCACAGCCAACGAGCUGCAGUUUCUCUGCGUGUAUGAGUUUGACGGUGUGAUGUUCCCCCAGGACGUGCGCUGCCCCACCUGCGACGUGAGGAAGCCAGCGAGGUCCAAGCACUGCAGCCUUUGUGACCGCUGUGUGCACCGCUUUGACCACCACUGUGUCUGGGUGAACAACUGCAUCGGGGCACAGAAUGUCGGGUACUUCCUUACCUACCUGGCCACCCUGACGGCCUCAGCCAUGACCCUGACUGCCCUGAGCACCGUGUUCCUCAUCCAGCUGGUGGUGACGUCGGGCUUGCACCGGGACUACUUCGUGGAUGAGCUCGGGCGUUUCCAAGCCAUCGACACUGUCUUUCUAAUCCAGUACCUGUUCCUGACCUUCCCCAGGAUCGUCUUCACACUGGGCUUUGUGGCCAUGCUCAGCCUCAUCCUGGGGGGCUACCUGUGCUUCAUGCUGUAUCUGGCCGCCACCAACCAGACCACCAAUGAGUGGCACCGUGGUGACCGCAUCUGGUGCCAACGCUGUCCCCCUGGGGCCAAGCCCCCUACUGCUAAGCCCAGGACCCACCGGAACAUUUACUCCCACGGCUUUUGGGCCAACCUGGGGGAGGUCUUUCUGCCUGCAGUUGUGGUCGUGGGGGAGGAGAGGAAGAAGAGGUGACAAUGGACACUGUUACUGCCUUCUGAGGGAUACAGUUAUUUAUACAGAUACUUUCUCAGCCUUG